AUGUCCAGGAUAACAGAUGGUACGUCAUGGUUGAGUUUAGGCUCAAAAAGUUCACCUUAUAAUGUGAUCUUUAAUAGCCUUAACAGACACAUUCAUCCCGUAUCAUUUCAUUCACCGUUUCCCGAUUUAUACUUGCUUUAUGAAGAAGCAUCCAAUACUCAGGAUGUUCUGACAUUCAUGCUUUGGAAGCUUUGGAUAGUUGCUUCGGAUAGUUGCAUUCAAUAUUUCUUAAUGGCGUGGAAGUGGUUGACUUUCGGAGACGGAGAGAGAUGCAUUUUACUACUUAUUGCUUUAACGAAGAGUGGAUCGAUAAAAUCCCUUGCUAAUUAUGGAGCUAUUGCAACUCAAUUUGUUGCAACUUGUUUGCAGGUUUAUCGUCAACUCUAUGCUCCCAAUCCUUUCGCAAGUGAAACUGAUGAAGAUAUACAAAAAUAUAUGAAAGAAGUGGAAUCCAAAACUCCACGACCUGGAUCAGUUUCAGAUAAUACUACAAAUGGGCGAACUGCUGCAUCAAGUCCACCACCUUUCGAAACAGAUAGUCCUUCUGCUGAGACCAUAUCGCUUAUGCAAGCUGCAAGACAACAUCGGUCAAGGAUGAUAACGGCAGGUGCUUCUUCAAUUGAUGAGGAAACUGCUCUAAACACCAUUCCAGAUAUGGAUAAUUCGCAUAUUGGUCGGUUAACACUCGAGACGACAUUUGAUGAAUCGGAUAUGCCUCAAAGCAGAAUUGUUUGCAGUACACCAGUUGCUUCAAUACAUUCUGAUCGUAUGUGCGGUGGUAGUUGGUCAACUGCUGUUUGA